GUGUCAUUAAAGGUGGAACCGUCACGUUGGUCUGAUCUACGAAAUUGCUAGUGCGGACGAGGUGCCGGAUGAGAUAGCGAUUACGACGGAAGAGCACACCUUCGUAGCUAUCCGACGGCAAUAGGUGGCCUGUGGAAAUGAAGCGGUUGAUACUGCUCUGCUUGCUACCACCAGCAAUUUUCGCCCGGCCACAAACAAAGGAUCCUAAUAACGAGCCAUUUCUACCAAUACACCCCGUCUACCCUAAGCUAAUCAAGCGAGGUGCUGAGCAAGAAGUAAAUUCUCAAUUAACGUCGGAGUUAUACGCGCCAAAAGUUGACGCCAAGGAUACCUACACCUCUAGCUAUAACAACAAUUACCAAAGAGAUUCUUAUUAUCCCGAUUAUGAUCCGUACUCCACAAAUAGCACACCUUCAAUCGUCUAUCCCUCGCCCUAUUACAAUCCCGGCGAGACGUAUGUCUACGCUAACUCACCGUAUCACAUUUAUAAUUCAUAUCCCGCUUCGUACGCGGUGAAUCCGACGUCAUAUUCAGUGCCAUCAUAUCCAAACUAUUACUACCAACCACCCUUCUAUUACCCUCAUUAUUUUAAUCACGCUCUAUUCCCGCCACCGCCACCACCACCGUCAUCAGGCGUCGACUAUCAGACGUCGCAAAUUCCGGUCGAAGCGGAGGAUGACAGGCAGGACACGAAUAAAAAGGGUGAGAGAUCGAAGGAGAACGAGACGAGCCAAGACGCGCCAAGUCAGUUUGUGGAUGAUGGAAACUACAUAAACGGAAAUUCACGGGAUCUCGAUGUGCAGUCCAGUACGUACAAAGUGGGCAAUCCAUACAAUCAAUUCGCACAGGACGCACAAGCGAAAAAUCUGCCAAUUCCCUUGCCCAGAACGACGUAUAGGAUCAUCAAUGUUGUAGGACAGCCAGUCAAUCCGGAUUAUGCACUGCCUGUUGCAUAUAUCAAGCCUCAGCAUAUUGAGCAGAUGACGAGCCAAGCGUUGGUCGAUUUGUUGCAAAAUGCGCGGCCACAAGUCGGUCGCUCUUAUGAAAACAGUAGAGAUACCUUGAACAGUGCCAACGAUGGAUCAUAUGAGAGUCAGAAUACUUACAAUCCAACAAACGCGCCAUCAUAUGCACCUGUUCCAGGUGCGAGAGGCAAAACCGGUGCCACUUAUGCGAUCGAUUCCGCUGGAACCAAAGUCAGUGGAGACCGUACGAAACAACAGAGCUCGUCGUCAUCUCAGAGAACUCCGAGUAAGAAUACAAAGAACGUUUAUUAUAUCCGAAAGCCAACUUCACGAAAUAACUCCCAAGCUUCGUACGCAGCAUCCGAAAGCCGCAGCAAUAAUCGCGAUCGCGUGAGCAAUGGUCGACCUACAGAUCAAAUUGACAAAUACAACAGUUACGAUCUAUCACAGAACUACGGCACUUACAGUCAGCCCGGCAAUAAGCAAGAGCAGAAUUAUGAGACUUAUCAGGACCAAUCAAGCUCUUAUCAGACUAAGGGUUUUACUGCCACAUCUCAGACACCUCAAUCACACAGUUAUCAGUAUUCCCCUUACGAAUCGGGUCAGGUGCAGCAGUCGCAACAAGAUGAGAUUAAUACGGACAACGGCAAUUUCGGAACGAAACAAUAUAAGGGAUAAAAUAUGACAAAUGCGAUAAAAUCAAAUCGGUGUUGUUAUAAGAUUAUUAUUGUUUUCUUGUUGAAUGACGCGGCUCCUUUCAGUCCUAGCGAGUUAAAUAAUUAACUAUACAAAAUAUCUUGGAUAUUAUAAACUUUUUUAUAUUUAUUAAUAUAUUAAUUAUUUACGAAAAAUGUUAGGUUAAACAUAAUUUGCUGUUAUUAUUUUCAUAAAUUCCAACUCCAAGUAAAAAUACAUAGUUUUUAAUUAUAAGACUAUAAA